GGGAUGGGGGGGAAAGUCGGAGGCGCUCAGAUUUGUGUCACCGUGCCCUGAAGGUGAGGCUGUGUGAUAAAGAGCGCAGUUUCUUGACGUUGAUAAAGGAUGCUCCUUUAAUAGGCUUCCAGGUGGGUUGUUUGCGCCCAGUGCACCCACGCAUCCACGUCCAGGCAAUGAGCUUCGUAGUGCUCCACUGAAAUAGUGAAAGAAAAUCCCACAAGGGGGUGAUAAAAAAUCCUAAGUGGUGUUAUCUGCUAUAAAUAAAACAAGCAGCAGUAAAAUAGGGACAAACAACAGUGGGUUCUGUCUGUGAUAAGUUCAGGGUAUAAUAACAAACAGGGAUGUGAAAAAGAUGGUAGCAACAAGUGAUGUGUGUUGGUGAACUGUAGGCUGUAGUCGUCUGUGUCAAUACGCGAUUCUCAUCCAGGAUCUUUAGUCCAUUCACAGUUAUUGUUCCCUUCUCUUCUCUUUCUUACAUUCUUUUAAAUGUUCCAUCAGUUCUCUGAACAACAGAAGAACGUGUUGCAGAGGACUGUACCAUGUGCAGUGGGCAGGAGGGAAAAAAAGGGCUACGGGGGGUGGAGAAAUAUUUAAAUUGAAAGUCACAUUCCUCCUAUCUGCCUUGGGAUACUGUGGAAAGAACCUAAUGAUUUCUUCUGAACCUUGUUGCAGAUGAUUGCCCUGGUCAUGGAUUCCUUCACAGAUACGGAUAUCUUCACGGACCUCUUGGAAGCUUGUAGCCAGCGGCAAGUCAAAGCAUAUAUCCUUCUAGAUCAGUCUUCAUUUUCCCACUUUCUGAAAAUGUGCAGGGAUCUAGGAGUUGAUCUCGAGCAGGAGAAGUUGAUGAGAGUUCGAAAUAUCACUGGGAACACAUACUACACGAGGUCAGGUGCCAAAAUUGUUGGAAAAGUCCGUGAAAAGUUCAUGCUAAUUGAUGGCAUUAGAGUGACAACAGGUUCCUAUAGUUUUACAUGGAUGGAUGGGAAGCUGAACAGCAGUAACAUUUUGAUCCUGUCAGGUCCUGCAGUUGCACACUUUGACCAGGAAUUUCGGACUCUUUAUGCACACUCAAAGCCUGUCAACCUCAACGAGUUCUCCAGCAGCAAGAAGAAUAAGGUGUUUGAUGAGCUGGUCAGGAUUACAGUGGCUUCUAGAGACUUAACCAGGGAAAACUUUCUGAGAAUGGAGUUUUUAUAUCUUAGAGCAUUUGUAGGAAAUCUAAAAAGGAAGCGAAACUGGAUGCAUGCCUCGAGGGAAGCAGUCUAUGUGUCAAGUAAUGCAAUGCAUGUUUCUCCACCACUGACUAAGAGGAAUGGCUCUCUAGUUAUGAGGCCACACUGGAUCAUAGAGAGAUGAAUUGCACGUUCACUCAGAGCGAGAUGCAAAACCUCAGAAGCCAUGUCCUGUGGUCCAUGUCCUGUACUGCCUUACAGUAUGUCUGUGCAAGCAGCUGGGAAGGCAACCUCAAGCUGCGAGAAAGAAAUACUGGAAUUGUGAGUUCAGUUGAACACCUCUGCAAUGUCAGUCAGCAGAUACAAUUAUGGUAUUGUCUUACACACAGAAGUGCUUUUGAAAAACAAAACAAAACUCUUUAAUACCUGAGAAGCCAUUACUGAUUUCUGGUGUUCUGUCAGUUUCUCAUUUUUCAACCUAUUUUUGAUUAUUUUAAUGUAAUGGGUUGGUGACGUCUUAGUUCAGUAGCUCAAACCUCAUUUUCUAUAUGUAGAUUCCUUAAAAAAUACAUUCCUUAAGAUUCUAAAGAUGGAUAGCAGGACUGCUGUACGGCUCUGAAAUCAGUCAGAGCUUAGUCUUGUGUUCCACAAACAGUUCUGUGAUGCAGAACUGGAUGGGAGUAGAUGUAAGCUAGAAACUAGGUCAGUACCUGGCUUUUAGUGCUGUUUACUCGAAGCCGAGCAGCUAGGCAGAACGAUUUAAUGUAUCAGAUUAACGUUAUUGCCAUGACUUAAUUUCAAAUAAUCUUUUCUUUUUAGUGCUAAGAAGACUUGGAUUGUGACCGUCACAAUAAACACAUUCUAAAUGCCUGCAGUCAAGGGGCUAUAUGACUAAGGACCUACUAAUAUUAGUAGCAAAGCCAAAUAAGACUUUUCUGCAUUAUAUAUUUUACGGUUGCUUCCGCUGCCUGAUCUUAUAGGAAAAGCUGUGUAGAUCUGAAAUCUGUGAAGAUGCUUCUAAUUUAAAAAGCUUCCACCUGACAGGCAACCUCAUGGAAGUCAGAAAUACAGCCAUUUCUUGCAGUUGUUUUUAAGGCUCUGCUGCAGCAGAAAUCUUAGCAAUACGUGUGCUUGCGGAUUCUGGGCCUCCAGGGGGAAUCUGUAAACUUAGCUGGGGAAGUUCAUGUGGAUCUGUGCUAACCGCCAGUGGGAGAACAUCAAACUGGACAUGUGGAUCUUACAGAAAUGGUAUUUCCUGCCAGUGCAUCGUGCCAAUGUGUCCUUUUUCUUCUCUGCUUACAAACAUGCCAGUGUAAUAGUUUUGACUCCUGAUUUGUAAAUGUUCAGUAGCUUAUAUAGUUUAAUAGCGGUAACUUUUUAUCCUGAUGAAAACAAAUUUAAAUAUGUAUUUUUAUUCUUAUUUUGGACAUUUUCCAUAAAUACCCUCAAGAAGGCAGUUUUGUACUCUAUGCAAAAUGCUCUUUGUGUGAUCAUACUCUUACAGUGAUCAUCCCCCCAUGUCUGUUUUCACAAUUACAGGUUUUUAACUUUGUUGUUCAUCUCCUGAUGUUAACAGGACACCAUUUCUGUGUCCCAGCAUCAGGAUUUUCUUCUCAGCAGUGGCUGAUACAGUGAUGUGCUGCGAUAAGAGUAGUGCUUAUUUUUGAUAGGAUGGAUUUCGUUUAACAAGGACAUUGAAAUAAAUUUUUGUAGGCGUGUCUAAUUAUGACUGAAUAACGUUUUUAUCGGGUGGUUACGCAGACACUCAGCAGAACGAGUGCCUGUGGAGUUACAGCAUUACGACGUACGCUGCUGUAGUCACCACAAUACUACUAGUGGGGUGGCACCCGUCGCGGUGGGUAAGGAAGCAAUUAGCUUUGCUAAUUAAC